AUGUUGAGCCCCACUUGUGUUCUGUGGGAUGUGGGGUAUCCGGUAUAUGCCUAUGGUUCCAUCUUCAUUAUUGCAUUAAUCCUUUGGCAGGUGAAAAGAAGACGAGGAUUGCGACUGGGACCUAAAAGAUGUUUCCAGUGUCACCGAAGAAUCAAACCAAAGUCUAAAGAUAGAAUGUCAAGAGCUAAGAAAAUUUCCCAAGAAGAAACCAAGAAGCUGCAGGAACUGCUGUCUGUCAUGAAAAGCCAGGGCUUGCUUCCCCAGAAGAGAGGUGUGCGGCGGCUCUUAUGUGCUGACCCCUCCUGCCAAAUCUGCAACGGUAUGGCUCUGGAGGUUCAGCAGUUGCUAGGGGACAAGAGCAGCAAGACUUCCCUCCCCUUACUGAGGCCAUCACAGAGCUCUUCCUGCCUGGAGAUGUCCAUGUCCGGUUUGUCUUUUGAACACACACAGGAGAUAUUUUCCCGGCAGCCCAGAGAUCUUUCCCUGGUAUUUGGCCCCACACCAACACAAUUAUCAGGUCAGCAGUCUUUAAUUCAGUCAGCUGUCCCAUCAAUUGGUGAUGUCCAUGUCAAGUAUUACUUAUCUGAUCACUUCAAGCAAGAGGAGGAAUUUCACAUGCCAGGUGAAUUACCAGAUAUGGAACAUCUGUCCUCUUCAAGUCAUGAAGAGCAUAGAAGUAGCCGGCAGAAGAGGAAGAACAGCACCAAGUUUGUCCGCAAGAACCAAGAAGAUUCAGAAGUUGACAUGGGAAGUAAGACGAUGUUCUUUUCACACUGGAUUAACCCUGAAGUGAAAUGUGAAAGGUAUGAGGAACCCAUUUUUCUCUCUAAUGCUGAGACGUUGGCCAAACCAAGGAUGAAAGUGAAGAGUACAACCGCCAUCAAAGACCAAGUGAGGGGAGGUAACUUGGAGAAGCUCCUUAAGGCCCAACCUCCCCCUGCUUCAAAAAGCAUUUGA